AUGCCGGCGAUCGCGGUGUUGGCGGCGGCGGCCGCGGCGUGGUGCUUCCUCCAGGUGGAGAGCCGGCACCCGGACGCGCUCGCCGGCGGCGCGGGCCCCCACAACGGCAAUUUCCUAGACAAUGACCAGUGGCUGAGCACCGUCUCCCAGUACGACCGGGACAAGUACUGGAACCGCUUUCGAGACGAUGAUUAUUUCAGAAACUGGAAUCCCAACAAGCCCUUUGACCAAGCCCUGGACCCAUCCAAAGACCCCUGCCUGAAGGUGAAAUGCAGCCCUCACAAAGUAUGUGUGACCCAGGACUACCAGACUGCUCUGUGUGUCAGCCGCAAGCACCUGCUCCCCAGGCAAAAGAAGGGGAGCGUGGCCCACAAACACUGGGUCGGACCCUCGAAUCUGGUGAAGUGCAAGCCCUGCCCUGCGGCCCAGUCAGCCAUGGUCUGCGGCUCCGAUGGCCACACCUAUACUUCCAAGUGCAAGUUGGAGUUCCAUGCUUGUUCCACUGGAAAAAGCCUCACCAUCCUCUGUGACGGGCCCUGUCCAUGCCUUCCGGAGCCUGAGCCACCAAAACACAAGACAGAAAAGAAUGCCUGCACAGAUAAGGAGUUGAGGAACCUCGCGUCCCGGCUGAAAGACUGGUUUGGAGCCCUUCACGAGGAUGCCAACAGGGUCAUCAAGCCCACCAGCUCUGAUGCAGCUCAAGGCAGAUUUGACACCAGCAUCCUGCCCAUCUGCAAGGACUCCCUGGGCUGGAUGUUCAACAAGUUGGACAUGAACUAUGACCUCCUGCUUGACCACUCAGAGAUCAAUGCCAUCUACCUGGAUAAGUAUGAGCCCUGUAUCAAGCCUCUUUUCAACUCCUGUGACUCCUUCAAGGAUGGCAAGCUCUCCAACAACGAAUGGUGCUACUGCUUCCAGAAGCCUGGAGGUCUCCCUUGCCAGAAUGAAAUGAACAGGAUUCAGAAGCUGAGCAAGGGGAAAAGCCUGUUGGGAGCAUUCAUCCCUCGGUGCAACGAGGAGGGCUAUUACAAAGCCACACAAUGCCACGGCAGCACUGGGCAGUGCUGGUGUGUGGAUAAAUACGGCAACGAGCUGGCCGGCUCCAGGAAACAGGGCGCCGUGAGCUGCGAAGAGGAGCAGGAGACUUCAGGGGAUUUUGGCAGUGGCGGCUCUGUGGUCCUGCUAGAUGACCUAGAGGACGAGCGGGAGCUGGGACCAAAGGACACAUUGGGGAAGCUGAGGGUGCACACCCGGGCAGUGACAGAGGAUGAUGAGGAUGAGGACGACGACAAAGAGGACGAGGUGGGCUACAUAUGGUAG